CUGCCUUUAUGAUCAUCCAUGCGUCACAUCCUUCCUUCCUUCCUUCUCUCUCAAACGUUAAUGUCGUGGUCCUUACUGCUACUGUCCUUAGUUUGUCACCGUAUACACACCCAUUGCAACCCAAAAAUGAAUAUACCAAUUUCACUGCCCAAAAGCACAGUCACUAAUUUGUCUCCUUCUCUGACCCUACAUAACAUAACCCCAUACACACAACACAAAAACAAUAACAAAACAUUCCCAGUACAAUUCACACAUAUUGCUACUUGCUCCUUUAUUUCCAUCCCUCUCAUUUUCCUUACUUUCAAAUUUGAACAUAAAAUAAUAUCUAUCACCUUUCUUCUUACUCUUAAAAUCACUUUUCUUUUUCUUUACAACAAAAAUAGAAACACAAAUAACUCUUCACCUUUAUUUUCAAAUUUCAAUUUCCUCAUUUUGGUACCAACCUUCAACUACACUUUCACUUUUUCAUGCUUUUGUUUUUCAAUUUCAAUUCCGCCACAAAUUAACACUACCAUGACCGCCGCCCAAGGAAUGCAGUUAACCAGACCUCCGCCGCUCGAUGAUCAUCCCGUCGACGGAAUUCCAGUUUCAGAGGUUCCUUCCUCCGACAUUCCGUCAUUACCGACGGUUGCAUUUGACCGGAGUAACUGUUCAGGUAGAACAACAGUCUCUCCGACAUCAGUGAUCGCAUUCGAAGAUGAGAGCAACGGUGUUUCCGAGUCAUCGUGCGAAUUGAGUACCAAACAUUCGCGCGAGUCUUCAAUCAUGAGAAAUUCAAACGGUGAAAAAGAGAGUUUGGAUUGGUGUUCAGCGUUGAGUUCAGAUUACGCAUCGUCUCGUGUUUCUUUCUCGAAAAACAACAACGAACCUAUUUCAACAUCCAACGUGGAUUCUGAUUCUGAAAACGAUGACUGCAAACCGGGAGAGCCGGUUAAGAGAGACUCCAUUAGGAAAGGGAAGAAAGGUUCGUGUUACCGGUGUUUCAAAGGUAGCAGGUUAACGGAGAAAGAAGUUUGUCUUGUUUGUGAUGCUAAGUAUUGUGGGAAUUGUGUGCUUAGAGCUAUGGGAUCAAUGCCAGAAGGAAGAAAAUGCGUUGGUUGCAUCGGGUAUCCGAUUAACGAGUCGAAAAGGGGUAGUUUGGGAAGAUGUUCUCGGUUGCUUAAACGAUUGCUUAAUCGGUUGGAGGUUAGACAGGUAAUGAAGGCUGAAAGAUUUUGUGAAGUGAAUCAGCUUCCUCCUAAUUGUGUUUGUGUUAAUGGAAAUCCUCUUUCAUUUGAGGAACUAGUUACACUGCAAAACUGUUCUAACCCUCCUAAGAAGUUAAAGCCUGGGAACUAUUGGUAUGAUAAAGUAUCUGGUUUUUGGGGGAAGGAAGGACAGAAGCCUUGCAGUAUUAUUAGUCCUCAUCUGAAUGUUGGAGGACCCAUCAAACAGGAUGCUAGCAAUGGAAAUACUCAGGUUUUCAUCAAUGGUCGAGAAAUAACAAAAGUAGAACUUCGAAUGUUGCAGUUGGCGGGAGUUCAGUGUGCUGGUAACCCACAUUUUUGGGUCAAUGAAGAUGGUUCAUACCAAGAAGAGGGACAAAAAAAUACCAGAGGGUAUAUAUGGGGAAAGGCUGGAACGAAGCUUGUAUGUGCGUUCCUUUCCCUGCCAGUUCCUUCUAGAUAUUCAACUUCAUGUGGGUUUCUAUCCUCCAAUGUAGUUGCUAGGACGGUUCCUGAUUACACCGAUCAUGGAGUAGUUCACAAGCUCCUCUUAGUUGGUUAUAGUGGUUCUGGGACAAGCACUAUUUUUAAGCAGGCCAAGAUUCUUUACAAAAGCACCCCCUUCUCAGAAAAAGAACGUGGAAAUAUAAAGUUGACCAUUCAGACCAAUGUCUAUGCCUAUCUUGGCAUACUUCUUGAGGGCCGUGAGCGUUUUGAAGAAGAAAGUUUGGGGAAUUUAAAGAAAAAUCAAUCUUUACUUUAUACUACAGGAACCAGUCCGAAACAUGGCAACAAGACAGUUUAUUCCAUUGGCACAAGACUGAAAGCAUUCUCUGAUUGGUUACUGAAAACAAUGGUUUCGGGCAAGCUUGAUGCUAUCUUUCCAGCCGCUACUCGUGAAUAUACUCCAUUGAUUGAGGAGUUAUGGAAUGAUUCAGCCAUUAAGGCCACCUAUGAAAGAAGAAACGAAAUCGAAAUGCUACCCAGUGUUGCUAGUUAUUUCUUAGAGCGGGCUAUUCAGAUACUAAGGACUGAUUAUGAACCCUCGGAUAUAGAUAUCCUUUAUGCUGAAGGAGUUACUUCAUCCAAUGGGCUGGCAAGUGUAGAGUUUUCAUUUCCUCAAUCAGCUCCUGUAGAAGCUGGCGAUACUGAUGAUCUUCAUGAUUCUUUGGCUAGGUAUGAGCUAAUUACAAUACAUGCAAGAGGGCUAGGAGAUAAUUGCAAGUGGCUAGAAAUGUUUGAGGACGUUGGAUUGGUCAUCUUCUGUGUUUCCUUGAGCGACUAUAAUCAGUUUUCUACUGACGGAAACAGUUGUCUCACAAACAAGAUGAUAUUGAGCAGGAAACUUUUCGAAACCAUUGUUACUCAUCCAACUUUUGAGCAAAUGGACUUCCUGUUGUUAUUAAACAAAAUGGACGAGUUUGAGGAGAAAAUAGAACACAUUCCACUGACUCAGUGUGACUGGUUCUCUGAUUUUCAUCCAAUAAUUAGCCAUAAUCGCCCUGGCAGCAACAACAACAUUAACAAUAAUCCGUCCCUAAGUCAGCUUGCUUCCCAUUACAUAGCAGUUAAGUUUAAGAGGCUUUAUUCAUCUCUUACAGGGCAAAACUUGUAUGUGUCCUUGGUGAAGGGGCUGGAACCUGAUAGUGUUGACGCAUCACUUAAAUAUGGAAAGGAGAUUUUAAAGUGGAACGAGGAGAAACCAAACUUUAGCUUAAGUGAUGACUCGAUGCACAGCAUCGAGGCAAGUUCGUUCUCUCAUUAACUGUUAGUUAAAGUUAAAGCUAGUGUUGUAAACUUGUAAGUCAUCCUUGUGACGUCGAUUCUCUUCAUGUACAUAUAUGCCAACUAGGAGUAGAAACACGCAAGCACAUACCUUCAAUUGGCUAUCGAGUUCUAAUAUGCCCUUGACAUUGUUUGGUGGCACAUCUUGUGCCAGAGAGAUGAAGGUGUUCUGUUCAAAUCCAUUUUUUCACACUAAUAUAAUAUAUAGAUGCUUAUAUAUUGCUGUGUCA